CCAUAACCGCUUUCUUAAGACUGUCCGUAUCCUCGUCCAUCCAUUCAACUGACACUCUGUCCCACACUGAACCUUCGCAUAUAUAGUACCGCUAAAUCUCCCUGCAACUAAGUCCCCACAGUUUCUAUGGCACCAGAAACAGGCCCAGACCCAGGCGAAAACAGCACAGAGUCUAUCGCCAGAAACUUGGCUGCUGAAGUCCCGAACGUCGUCUCGGAAAACUCCCAGUCUGUUUCUAACGGCAUCUCUAGUCGCACAUCUGAGAAUCCAUUUGCCAAUGUAGAUGAUACGACUCCACUCUUGAACAGCAACGAAUCCUACACUAAUGAAAACAACGAAGACGAAAACAAUACGACAUGUGACACCAAUUUCAAUAACAAUGAUGACGAAUAUGACACGCAGUCUAAGUUUGACUCCGAGUCUGUCCUCAAGAAGAUCAAAAGACCGUUCUGGUGGUUUUUCGCUUUGGGAAUAGUGGCUAUCAUCAUCUUCGAGCUUUCCUUUCUUCCUCGGACUUCUCUCAGUAGAGACUUCAGAAGAUGGUACGGGCUACAUCUCACACGUUCAGACGUCAAGAGACACUUUAUCUUAUUUUCAGGAAUUGGAAAUUCUCAUGACAGUUUGACCACUGAAGAGUACAUCAACACCUGGCUCACAAACUUGACUGCUAUUAACAGCAAGAGUCCAGCCAACAUUAUUGCCGACGACAACAUAGAGCUAGUUUCACUUGUAGAGAAAACAUUCAAGAAGUUCGGCUUCAAGACUUCAUCUCAUUCUUACGAUGUUCCCUUUUUGCAGAGACCACAAUCUCUGUCUGUGUCACUUGUAGACUCUCUGAAUGGGAAUGUAGUUUAUAAUGCCAACUUGAAGGAACCUCACUACAAGACUCCUGCCUUUUAUGCUUUUGGAGCUAAUUCGUCCGCAGCGGGCGAUUACAUCUUUGUCAACGAAGGUACUAUCUCGGACUAUCUCACUCUCACGGCUCGCAAUUAUGACAUAAAUGGCAAAAUUGUCAUCGUGAAGUCAGUCUUGAAUUCAAACAUAUCUGUAGCAGAAAAAGUAUUGAUUGCUGAGAAGUUCGGAGCGAUAGGCUUCAUCAACUAUUACGACUUGCAACUGGAAAACAACAAGGAAAGUGAGUUGCAAUUGAAUAUAGCCAUUUCUCGCGACAACGUAGUUACUGGUCAUAUUGGCAAUUGGAAGCGACCUUCGAUCCCGGCCAUUCCAUUAAGUCGUAAGGCUGUCAAUCCCAUUUUGGGCACUUUGGCGAAGAGUAAACAGAUGGAAGUGGUUUCUGAAUGGGAGUACAAUCCGACUAAUAUCGGAGGAUCGCUUACACUCAACAUUUCAGCGGUAUUUGAAGAUACAAAGACGCGUAGAUUGACCAACAUAGUAGGAACAUUAAAGGGUGUGAUGAAUGAUGGUAAUAUUAUUAUUGGAGCCAGGAGAGAUUCGUUGACAUCUUCGAAUCCUUCCAGUGGUCACGCGGUGUUGUUUGAAAUCAUGAGAAACUAUCAACGUUUGACCAUCAAAGGGUGGAAACCGUUGAGAACAAUAAAGUUCAUUUCUUGGGAUGGUUCUUCCUCUGGCGUACUUGGAUCUCAGUUGUUGAUAAAUGACACGAAUGUUUUGGACCCUAAGCAAUCUGUUAUUGCCUAUAUUAAUAUCGAUGGCGAUGCUGUCACGGGUUCCCGAUUCAAAGUUGAUUCUAACCCGUUGUUCAAUCAUCUCUUGAGAAAAACAGCCAAGUAUGUUCCCAUUCCGAAAACUGCUGCUUCGUAUAAGACGUUGUCUGAAGACGAUGUAACUGCAGAUGAUGACGAUGCUGAUGACGAUAAUGACAACGACAACGACGAUGACGGAGAUGACGAGGACGGCUACACUACUUUACACAAGUAUUGGUCCAAACAGGAUAACAAUACGAUCCAUGGAAUAUCGGGACCGGAAUUGACACAUUCUGAGGCUUUCAUUUUCCAAGGUCACUUGAGUACACCUUCUAUCAAUAUCAAGUUUGAUAAUGAUGCCAAGCGUGACUCUUCGUUGUAUGUUCCUAACUCUAAUUACUAUUCGUACGAUUGGCUUGUCAAGAGACAAAUAGACAAUGACCUACUUUUGCAUGGUCUGUUGAUUCGUUUCAUAGGUUUGUUGGCGAUCUCUUUGAGUGAACAUGAAAUGGUAGAAGUCAGAACCAGAUAUUACUAUCGUGAUAUCAAUCGAUUCUUUUCUUUCUUCCUCAUUGAAAACCAACCCCAAUUAUCGAAGUGGGGUCAAGACAAAGUUUCCUCGUAUCUUAUAAACAAAUCGUACAUUUUACUGGAUCUCAAGCGAGAUUUGAAAGACGAACCUACAGUGAGAUUCGUUGACUUGCUUUCGCAAUUUCAGGUGUUACUCAACGACUUGACACACCAAUCGUUGAUUUUCGACAAGUGGAAUAAAAAAGUUCAAGAGGGAUUAAUCGAAGAUUACCCUUGGUAUAGAUGUUAUAAAAAGUUUGCUCAUUUUGCCCAGUUCAAGGUAUCCAAUCACAAGUUGCUCCAUUUGGAGCGUGAGCUUACUUUGAACCCGAGAGAUUACCAGUUUCUCCAGAAUGGCAAUGGAAAUGACGAGAAACAGAAAGAAGCAUACUUCAACCAUGUUAUCUAUGGGCUUCCCAAGUUCUCUGUCAACUCUAGUACAGAUUAUCUUAACAGCCGAUUCAAAUACAGCACAUUCACCAAUCUCCAUGAAUCGGUACAAGAGAGUGAUUUCGAGCUAACCGUCAAAUGGCUAGCAGUUACUUAUGAUAAGUUACGAAACUUAAAUUACAAAAUGACAUAAACAGGUUUUCAGUUCGGUACUAUAGUUUUGGAAGUAAUAUACUAGCUAUCUAUUUCUUUAUCUAUUUAUUUAUUAGUGUAUUUAUUGCUUUAUUUGUGUGUUUAUUUCAUUUCUUAUCCGAUUCAAAA